GGUAUGCACCUUAAAGUUGUUUGCGAUCCGCCAAUAAAACAGAGAAGAAGCAGCAGAUGUGAAUGCUGCUGACAGCACCGCUACCUGCUGCUACUGCUAACAAGAGCAACGUUUGAGACAAACAUUACUGCAAUACUUUCAGACUCUACAUGGCAACGCCGGUGUCCGUAAUCCGUCUGCCCAAAGGAGCCGAUCCCAACAGCCGUGGAUUUGACCCCACGUCUCCCCGUUACAUCGCUCUAUGUCGUACCUCUCUUACCUCGUCGUAUGUAUGUGAUGCAGAUGACGAGCAGCUGCAGAAAGAGCAGCAUGCUCGAUCUGUGCUGAGAGAGCGUUUCCUUCGGUGUCUGCUCGCUGUGAGCAGCAAGAAGGUUCAGUUUAACAUGCAUGAAAAAGUGAAGGUGGAGGCCACAUUUAGGGCAUCGGACAUUGAUGUGUUGAACUUUCAGGUGUCAGACCUCCACACACCCAUUGGGGUGCAAAAAGAAGCAAUAAUCAGAUCCCAGGAUGUAAUUUCAUUCACUUUUGACAUGUGAAUUCUUUAGAUGUUUGAACAGACAAUUGUGAUCAGAGGUACUCAGGAGUCUUAAUGUGUGCUGUUGCAAUCUGUCUCUCUUUAAGUUGUAAGAUGUUUUUGUUUUUUUUUGUGCCUUUUGUGUGCUUUUCAGAAAGAUGUGAUUGUACAUAGCUUUUGUAAUACCUGUCUUUCUAGUUAAGCAUCAUACAGCCAUAUAUAUGCACUAAAAGGUCCAAUUUUGAUAGGUAGUUCCAUAAUCUCACCACUAGAGGGAGGCACUUGCCUGUUUUUCUUCCAGAAAAAUGUUAGAAUCUGAUGUUCUCGUUAAUAUUUGCUCGAGGAGUUGAGUGAUGUUUAAAGAUCUUUGUUUAAUCUUGACCGGAUAUUAAUGUUGUCAUGUUAAUUUCCUGAUUACUGCUUUUUUUUUUUUUGGCGUUCACUCAUUCACGAGUACAUCUUGGAACUAGCAUUGAGUAUGUGGUGCCAGCUACUGCUUAUGUGUUUCAACCAUAAGAGUCUGCUAAGAAGUUUAGGAAAUGUAUCAUUUAGCUUUCAUCUUACUUGCAUCAAAGUUGUAACUAUGUGUUGGUUUUUGUUGUUGUGCUGAUGCUCAAUUGUGGAGAAUUUGAUGAGCUGUGUGUUAAGUACACUUAUUUUGCAUUUAAAUAAAAACACUGUACACUGAAAAAAAAAAAUUGUUACAGCAGUUC